CGCUGUGGUGCACAAAGAAGGGAAUGGAAGUCUCAAAUACCUGUGACAUAUGUCCCCUCCAUCCCGCCCCCGACGAUAUGUGCGAAGGAACGGGACGGAGUUCCGAAUGCUACCUGCGGACCAGUUCUUGUCGAAAACCAAUGGCUACCGCGUGACCGGUUCCCUGCCCGUUGUCGAUAACACUUUCAUGAUCAGCAGACCGUUGGUCCCGUUCAACAGCCCAACGGAGCAAUUGGCGACUUUUGUUAUGCGAUACAGGGAACAGUUCGCGGGACUGCCGGCUGCCCAACAAGUUGACUGUGUUUUUGUACCCUUUGCCGCGGUGUCCAAACGGCGCCAAGAUCAGCCUGCCAAGACGGUUGCGAGGAGGAAACAAGUGACUUCUGGUCCGCGUCCUUCGGAUGCGGUUGUCCAGGCUCUUCCCGCUCAGGUUCCUCCCUCUGUGAGACAAAGUCUCAACGCGGCCGAGCAGUCCAGCGAGACCACGGACUUGGACGACGGAGCUUUGCGCUAUCGGGCUGAUCCCCAGCAUCGUCCCCAUGGAGGUGCAGAUGCCUCCGCCGACAAGGAAUGCGAGGGCCGAGAUGGGGAGGGUCGUGGUUGGGAGGGGGAGGGCGGGGGUGAGGGGGACGACGGUAACGAAGGCGAUGCUGAAGGUGAGGAGGAUGACAUGGACGAGGAGAGAUACGAUGUUGGUGAGGAUGACACCUGCCGAAACGCUGAUGACGUGGUCGAUGUUCGUGGCCAGCCUACGACUUCCCGCGGAAUGUCACAGUCAUGUGACCAGGCGAAGGGUGGGAGAGAAGAACUUGGAUCGAGGGGAAAGAGAAGGAGGAAAGAAGCGUCGACAUCUCCUGCUGGUCGAAAACAGGCGAGGGCGGACGCCGUCAAUGAAGCUCGCGGAGCGUUGACGGCAUCCCAGAAAGCGCGGGCUCCACGGAAAGCUGGUGGGGGGGGGGGAGGCGAGUGUCGUGGCGGCGGUCACGACGGCGGUAGGAAAGGCUCGCAGAAGUCCAGGGCAUCUGAGCUGCGGGACUCGGGGGAUGAGGGCGAGGGGGUGGGGCCUCGCAUGCCCGAGGAUGUAGAAGAGCUGGGCUUUGCCAGGCAAGACGUCCAUGUUGUCAACGUCGACGUCACAAGGAUCAAACGCAUUCCCCGUGGGAGGAUCCUUUUCAACCACUUUGCGUUGUCCGAGAACAUUGUGAGAGGCAUUGAGAGUGUCAUAGAAAGCUCCAUCGGUGCUGACCCGGGGGCAUGGGAUAGACCUGAGCUCGUUCUUGCGUCAGUUGACCCCAACGUCAUCGUCGGCGGGCAGGGAAGGCGAAUCACGCCAGAAGAGUUCUUACAAAGAGAUUCUGCGGAGUUCGACUGGUAUGCUGUCUGUGGUCAGCAUACUGCCGAGGCCAUGAAACGGUUGGUUUCAAAGGACUCCCCCACGGUUAAAGUCUACAGCCUUCGCACGUACUCUAAAGUGCGAGUCGUCUAUUUGGAUGAUGACCACACUCGCGGGUACUUCAAUGUCUCUGCCUUCGACAAUACACGAGAGAAUUGCGCAAUGAUGUUAUCCUUCCGGGACGCUGUGCGUGAUAUGAGGCAAUGGUGGAUCGACAACCAGAGGAUCGAGGCACCCAAAUCUAAGGUCAGCGAGAAGGAUCCUGUCGCUGUUGCACAUCAAAAAACGUGGCAGAACUUCCUGAGGGCCUGCAUGGGGAAGGCGUGCGACAAGGCCUUCGUGAAACAGGCACUCGAGAACGAAUACAACAAGGAUUGGAGUAACAAACUCCAUGGGUACCUGAACCUCGCCACGUCCACCAACACGGUUCUGCCGCUGGUGGAGAAGUUCUUUGCCAUGUUCGGGGAGGUCCCGCCUCCGAGGGUGAACACAGAGUGCCUCCUCGACAUUUUGCGCAAGGAAAGAUACAUGGUACGCAUGUUCAACUACGUCGUGUUUCGCUCCGAUGGAAGGCAAGAGGACGAAUGGAACGACGACUUCUUCAUGUCGUACAAGGACCUCGAAGAGAGAUAUGCAUCAAACGGCCUAUGCGUGGCUGAAUGGGAAAAGCAACGGGAGAAGCUGCAUAGCAGCUUGGUGAAGACGAUCCCUCGGCGACUUGGAGGAGUGGAGGAGGCAAGGCAGGGUGUGGGAUUGGGCCCUACAGAAGUGAUGUACAAGGAGGUUCCGUUUCACUUCAAGGUAUUUGUAUACACCACAAUCGAUAAGCUCGAUAUGCUUCGAGCAGAGGUGAAACGGAUUGCCUCCAGUGCACGCCAUCUUGUAUGGGACGAACUCGGCAGGCAGAUUACAUUGCUUCCUGUUUGUAUGCGGACGAAGGAGGUUAUGGCGGCGCCCGACGACAUCGUCGCCGCCGCACAAAAAAUGACAUGCAGGGCCGCCAUCGUGGACAUCUCGGCCGCGAAUUUCAACAAUGCAUGGACCUCGCAGGACUUCGAUGCACUCUACGCAAUGAUGGCGAAGUGUUGUGGUCCAAAUUGGGUCCUAUUCUUCUUUGCACCGCAGAAGGUGGAAAGCGAUGUCUUGCGUCAAUUGUACCAUUGGGAGAACAUCGAGCUCAUUCCCGGGUCCUGGACACGCGAGGACAGGCCGUCGAGCGACGUCACAAGGUACGACAACAUCGCUACGACGAGCCGGGACCUGAUGACCAUCGUGCUGCACGUUGAAGGAGGGGAUCUGAAAAAAGUAACUGUCGCACCCCGACUUCUCAAUGAUCUCACCGAAGUGCACGUUGUGGAGAAAAAGUUCAGGAAGUGUCAAGGAAAACACGGUGGCGACGAAGGUGACGAAACUGCCACAUAUUCGAUUUGGGAGCGAGAGUCUGGCAAGUUGCAGAAGUUAUGCAGUUCAUUCGUUGGAGAGGCAGAAGGUGUGCUUUUGCUGGGUAGGGCGCACGCGGGUCUCAUAUGGAAGUUAUUGCUUGCAGGUAAUAAUGUCAUUGUCUGUGACGAGUCGGCCAAGGACAUUGCGUACUUGACAAAGUUCAUCGACAUACUUGUCAAGGAUGGGAGAUUCAAGUGCCGCCUUGAGAACCCGCGUGCCACAUAUCGCACCAACAGGGAUAUGUACCACAAGUUGGGACCGAAGAGACUGAAGGUGUGGGAAUACCUGUUCCGCAAUGCGCCGGAGGGACGCCUUGAUGGGGGAUAUAUAUAUCGGAAAGCCAAGGUGACCGAGCACCUCAAACAUUAUCACGGUGCUAUAACUGGUGCCUUCGAGACAUUCGUUGCUCGAUGCGAGAUCUUGAGGUUUGAUCUUCACAAAGAUCAACUGACGUUUAAGGACUACGUAGACCUCGCUAAAUCGGGUGAAGGCUUUAACCUCGUCGACAGCGAGGAAGAUUCAUCGGACUCUGACCUCGAGAUCGAAAACGACACCACUGCAACCGGGUGGCGUGGCCAGUCUGCUGCCAUGGAGCAUGGCGUCACGGGAUAUGAACAUGGUCAAUCAAAGGGAUGCUCGAACCUGCCACCUGCGCACAGUGUGGCCUCGGGGGUGGACCGGGUUGAGUGUACGCCGAUGGAAGAUGAUGAGGACGAAGACCUUGAUAUUCCUGCUCAGCCAACGAAGCUGGCGCCGGGUGAUCCGAUUCCUCCCAGCUUUUGUGUGGACCCAAACACUAUGUAUUUCUUGGAUGACAAGUGCGCCCGCACUAGCGAGGACAAGUGGGGUCAUGAUAUUAUUUGGCAUGAUGGCAUUUUCGAGCCAUGCAUCCAAGGCGGGCAGUGGAAAAUGGCGGUGAAGUAUGUCUCGAAGGGUUGGAAACCGUUUCCCCGCAUGGCAAAGAACAGUUGGCUGAAGAAGACGGAGCAAUCAAUUCUAUACCGCUGUCGGAAGGAGAACCUCGGUGAGAGUGAAACAUUCAUCGCGGCAAAGGCGAAACAAUUGUUCGAUGCCUUGGGAGCGAAUCGGCACUUGGAGUACUCACACAAGUUUUACGAGUUGCACUCGAGCCCCUCCUACGGCAUGAUUGACUGGAAGGUCGAGCGCACCACCGCCUUCGAGAGCAUGGACGUGGACACCCGCGAACAGGCCGCCCCUGUGGUAGAGGCGGCCACUGGGAACACGAUGGGUCAACAAAGGGAAGAUGGCGGGACAACGUUGGGCGUCAAGGCUCCAUUGCCAGAGGCGGGGAAGACGCCCGCUGGAAAAAACACCACCAGAGCCAUCUCUGUCGCAAUGGGGGAAACAUCACAAGGUGAAAAUGUGUCGCUCGCCAAGCCGGCGAAUGCGGGCGUUGCAUACGGGAGUCUCCUCGCGACACGUGCGGCGCUGGCAGGCACAUCAGAGAUGGAGUCGGAGUCCACUUCUGGGAUGACCGGCACGGGGAUGUCAUUGCAUCCGCCCACAUGCACUACCACAGGUGACGCACAUUGUACAACCACACCGCAGGGAGGGGUCACUAGGGAUGACGGGAAUGGGGGCAAAGCAGGGGGUUCUCCACAUUUGCGGAAUAUUGAGGACAUGAACACGGACGAUGAGGAUGAGGUAGAAGGCAGAAAGGGCGUAAGUGAUCCCACGUGUGUAGGAAAUGAGGGGUGAGACUGGAAUAAACUUGAGGGGAAUCC